AAACAACCCGGAAGUAAUUUCCAGUCGUCCUACACGUGUGUUUACACGCGUCUACACCCAUGUUACAAUGACUGAUGCAUUCAGCACCAACAGUGAACUGGUUCUUCAGCGCGUGCUGGACGUAACAGCAGAGAAGGAUGUUCACUGUGGGAAUCUAGAUGAGCAUUAUCAGAUCAAGGCGACAUGCCAUUUCAUCAAUGAUCAUCAGUUCAAAAAGGUUGCCUUGCAAUUUCCAGAUGAGGUGCUGGUUGAUUCAAUAGCAAUUGCUGCAGAGGUUGAGAAGGGAACCAAAGCAAAACUAUUCAUCCUUGGAGACACGUCCUAUGGCAGUUGUUGUGUAGAUGAAGUUGCAGCGGAGCAUGUGGACGCAGACUGCAUCGUACACUACGGAAGGGCUUGUCUCAGCCCAUCCAGAAGACUCCCUCUGAUGUACGUCUUUGAGAGGAAACCUGUGGUCCUGGAGACGUGUGUCUCCUCCUUCAGAGAGCUAUACCCCAACAGACAGAGUCACGUCAUCCUCUUGUACGAUGUCAACUAUGAUCACAUUAAUGACGAUCUUCUGGCGCUGCUGUCCUCUGAGUAUCCGAACAUUUCCGCCUCAACCCUUCACGUGGACGGAGAACUUUGCUACAGUCACGGAGAAACACAUGGACAACACAAUGUCAGCAGUUCUCAGUGUCAAAACGGUGAUAAAGUCGUUCGACAGUUCGGAAGGCAGUUUGUCUUGAAAUCUGGACAGACCAUUGAGGACUACAGUGUGUUUUUUAUUGGCCAUGAAGGUGCAACCAUGACAAACUUCAUGAUGACUUGGAACCGCUGCUCUUUCUGCUCUUUUGACCCUGCAACAAUGACAGGUCGGACUGAGUCGAUCAGUAUCAACAAAGCUUUGAUGAAGCGAUAUUACGCAAUAGAGAGGGCAAAGGAUGCCAGUGUGGUGGGCAUUCUUGUGGGUACACUUGGCGUGGCAAACUACCUCACCAUCAUCGAACAGCUGAAAGAAACCAUCCACAGAGCAGGGAAAAAGAGCUACAUGUUUGCCAUGGGGAAACUGAAUGUGGCCAAACUGGCUAACUUUCUUGAGAUUGACAUUUAUGUACUGAUCGCAUGUCCUGAGAACUCUCUGUUGGACUCCAGUGAGUUCUACAAACCGGUCGUGACCCCCUUUGAAAUGGAGGUGGCCUGCAACAAGAAAAGGGAAUGGUCAGGAGAGUACGUCACAGACUUCCGCGAUCUGCUUCCAGGUGGAUCUAAGCAUGUGGCCUUGGCGAACCCUGACGAUCUCGAGGACGGCGAUGAGACUGAUGUCUCCCUCAUCACCGGAGCUUUACGAAUGACCCGCUUCUCGUCCAGUGAGCCAGUGUCUUCCUCACACGACUCCUCACUCGUCCUACGGAACCAGGCGCUCACUGUGGCCAAUGCUAACACAGCUGCCACGUACCUGGCGGGUCGUAGCUGGCAGGGACUGGAGCAGAAACUGGGAGAAACACCGGUGGUGAAAGCAUUAGAGGGAAGGAAAGGCAUUGCCAUUGCCUACGAAGAGGAGCCGACGAUUGACAGGGACCAUUGAUCAUGAAAGCACUCAUCACAUCCAGAUUAUUAGUCCAUUGCAAAUGUUUUACAUAUAUCAAUCAAUAUAUUAAGUUGCGUCAUAGCUCAACUGUUUCCAAUUUAAGUUAUCAAUCUUCUGACAAAAAUUAAGGCUUUACCAGCUAUAUCAGGUGCAUUAUAUUCGCGUGAGUCACGACAACAUAGACUUUAAAAAACAAUUAUUUACUUCUACACUGAAGUGUGGAGGGAGAACUGAAAAUCAUAUACCUUUUUGUUAUAUUGAUGCUUUAUCUGAAGCAUACGUAUAUUAAUGUUUAUAGAUCAGUUGCGUCUGAAAAAGUAAAUGCCUGUCAAGAAAUAUGCAGCUAGUGUAGCAGUGCUUUGAAUGUGAUGAAUGUCACAGUAUAACAGAAGUUGAACUUUUUUUUUAAUGUAACAGAUAGAAUGUUGAAAAUGUGAGACCACAUGCUUGGACUUAAAUGUACUCAUCACUGUUGUGAAUACGCAUAAUUGUUAUUAUUUAUUCAACAACUUUUUGCUCUGUGUACUGUAAAUCACAAAUGAGAUAUACAAAAGAGAUGUCUGAUUUUUAUAUUUUUAAUCAAAUCAUUAUAGGCUAUAUAUAGGUCAUUUAUAGGCUAUUUAGAACAGUCAUAGUUUAAAUUAAUUGUGCUCUGUACACGUAUACCAAAGGUCUUAAAACUGGAGCUCAGAAUAGUCUAUGGCUAUAUAACCAAUGUUUAAUAUGUUUAACAAUGACAUAAGAAAAUAACUUAGCAGAACUAAAUUUUUCCUGAGGAAACUUCAUUUCUGGUGUCCGAUGCAUACACAUAACAAAUAAUUAAAAACAUACUACUGCAUUACAUUCAAAUACGUAGAAAACCAGGGCAUGCUUGAUUUGUGCCUGUUAAAACAUCAUACUUUAACAAUAACAUCACAUAAAUCAGUAAAUAUCAGCCUAGUGAAGAAAAGUCCUUGUUUAGGUAGACUUUUCUGACCUAAAUGUCUUCCCUCAAUGUAGAUGUAGAAAUCUGACUUUGUGUUUAUGCUUCUGUAUGUUUUUCUUUGAUGGUUGGUUGACAGUAUCCAGAACAAAGACAAAGUAGAAAUAACAAAUCCCACAAUUUCGACA